AUGGAGGAGAUGUUUGUAGCCAGAAUGGUAGGAGCCACGUCUCUAGUGGAAAGGGCUUUGACCACAAUUUCCACAAGGUGGAAGUUUUUCUAUUGGCAAAAGACAAUUGCGUUAAUAAUUAACUCUGACAGGGUUUGCAUUGCAAAUGCAAACAAUUCCUUCUCUGGAGUAAAUAAGACAAAUAAUGUUGCAGUUGAAACUUUUGCACUCCUUUCAAAUAAAACCAGAGAUGUCAGUGCACAUCCACAUGAUGAUAGUGCACAUCCAUGUGAUGACAGUGUACAUCCAACUGAUGAUAAUGCACAUCCACGUCAUGACAGUGCACAUCCACAUGAUGAUAAUGCACAUCCACAUGAUGACAGUGCACAUCCACAUGAUGAUAAUACACACCCACAUGAUGACAGUGCACAUCCACAUGAUGAUAAUGCAUAUCCACGUGAUGACAGUGCACAUCCACAUGAUGACAGUGUAUAUACACAUGAAGAUGCACAUCCACGGGAUGACAGUGCACAUCCACAUGAUGAAGAUGCAUAUCCACGUGAUGACAGUGCACAUCCACAUGAUGAUGAUGCAUAUACACGUGAUGACAGUGCACAUCCACAUAAUGAAGAUGCACAUCCACAUGAUGACAGUGCACAUCCACAUGAUGACAGUGCAUAUCCCCAUGAUGAAGAUGAACAUCCACAUGAUGACAGUGCACACCCACAUGAUGAAGAUGCACAUCCACAUGAUGACAGUGCACAUCCAUAUGAUGAUGAUGCCCAUCCACGUGAUGACAGUGCACAUAGACAUGAUGAUAAUGCACAUCCACGUGAUGACAGAGCACACACACAUGAUGACAAUACACAUCGAUAUGAUGACAGUGCACAUCCACGUGAUGAAAAUGCAUAUCUACGUGAUGACAGUGCACAUCUACAUGAUGACAGUGCAUAUCCACAUGAAGAUGCACAUCCAUGUGAUGACAGUGCACAUCUACAUGAUGAAGAUGCACAUCCUUGUGAUGAAAGUGCACAUCCACAUGAUAAUGAUGCAUAUCCAUGUGAUGACAGUGCACAUCCACAUAACGAAGAUGCACAUCCACAUGAUGACAGUGCACAUCCACAUGAUGACAGUGUAUAUCCCCAUGACAAAGAUGAACAUCCACGUGAUGACAGUGCACACCCACAUGAUGAAGAUGCACAUCCACAUGAUAACAGUGCACAUCCAUAUGAUGAUGAUGCACAUUCACGUGAUGACAGUGCACAUAGACAUGAUGAUAAUGCACAUCCACGUGAUGACAGUGCACAUACACAUGAUGAUAAUGCACAUCGACAUGAUGAUGGUGCACAUCCACAUGAUGAUAAUGCAUAUACACGUGAUGACAGUGCACAUCCAUCCACAUGA